GUGGGGGUGGUGGUGUUGUUGUUGUGGUGAGGGGAGGAGGGAGAGGAAGUGAGUAAGAAAGGAAGAGGAAAGGUAAGAAAGAAAGAAGUGAUAUGGAGGGUUGCGAAUUGGAAAGCUUGGCGUGUGGCUGGGAGUGCCCACUUAUGAUCAUCAGCAAACAAUUCACUCGCGCUGUACGUAAUCACCCGACAACUCGUCACUCGUGACAACACGUACUCGAGGUGCAAGGCCGAAGCUCUGAUGUGAAGGGAGACGGCAAAUUCCGACAUAAUGGAGCCUGGAUGGUAUAGUUGAGAUGUAAUGAUUAUAGGGAGACCUCAUUCGCGUGCAACGGACGUGGCGGACUCAGUGCUCGCUGACCACCAGCAGGGGCGCAUGGCUUAGCAUGGAUUGAAGCAGGUAUGCGACCACUUCAGACCGUCCGGUGGCCUCAAGACUGCAGGCUAUCGUUGACGCAGAACAAAUACUCCCCCUGGCUCCUGAGCACACGGAAGCGCAGCAGGUCUGCACGCCAGCGUCGUGACAGAGAGUGCAUUGAUACACGAUCUUGUGUCGAAGGAUCCUCAAGGAAGAGGAUCUCAUGUACGGCGAGGCCCUGGAUCGAUAACUGCACGAGGCACAAUAGAGUAGGGAGUGGCUUCACAUCGUGCUCUGCAAGAACAGCCCCUGAGGGCGUUGGUGAGCUGGCAGUAGCAGUCCCGGAAAGAAGGCUUCAGGGGUCUUCCGAACACACAUGGCACGAGCGAAGAGCCCACCAAACACUGGACAUCUUUUUUUUGACGGCUAAUAAUGAUGGGCGAGGGCAGAGAACACUCAGUACCAGUGCACGAUGACGACGAGUUGGACCAGAUGCUUCCAUGAGAAGCUGCGGGUGCAGCCGGCGCUAGUGGCUGGCUGAGAGCGGAGGUAUAAGUAUGUUUCUCUCCCUCUCCUCCUCACCAUCUUCUUUUUUCUCCUUGCUCAAAUCCACACCGAGGUUGCUGCCUCCUGAACCAGCAACCUUGGGAGAUAGCCUGGCUCUGCUGUGGUUUUCUCCUUGUCAGUGGGGGGUACCAGCCCCCUACUGGACCGGGUAAAUUUUUGAUUUCCACCUGCUUGCAGGCACUUUUUCAUCACGUCGUUGCUCUUUGCAAUGGUCUGUAGAAGAAGAAGAAGAAGAAGAAGAAUGUCAUCGAGCGUCGCGAGUGGCGCGUGCCGCCGUCCAUCAGCCUCUGUUGUGGCUGCGGCUUCGUCUCGCCAGCCAUGAAUUGCUGCCUCUUGACAGCAUCAGACAGCGAUCUGAGAAGUCGCCCGUUUAGAUUGUCAAGAGUGCGACUGUAUCGCGUGUUGACCGUGAGACAGAUGUUCCUAGGAGUGUUCGCGCCGCUCGGUGUUGAGCUGGUUAUUCUGCUCACACACGAUCACCGCCAGAACUACAAGCAGAACCACGAGAACGCUGACGAUCUCACGGACCUUACACGUACCACGCGCUCGCUGGGGCGACGGUACAAAGAGGUAGUAAGAAGGAGAAGGAGGCGGAGGCGGAGGAGGCGAGCGAGCAGGAAUCGCGAGGCUGCAGAAUUUCGCAGACGGCGCCUUUCUCGCACAAUCCCCCGACAAUCAGCCCUCCCGGCUCAUACAACACUCAGCCAGCGGUACUGACAGCAGCAUGAAUGAUAAAGGAGUCCGAUGUCAAGAUUCAGUGACUCGACGGACUGGACAAGCGCAGUACAAUGGGCGCGCACAAGAAUCGACCUGACGCGCUUCUUCCUCUUGUCCUUCUCCUACGACAACCGAGUGGAGCUGCCCCACGGUGCGUGUCCUCGCACCUGGUUGUCGGCGCCUACAGUCAUUCAUCUCGUCUGCAAAAGUGAUUCAAUGGCAGCUGGAUGACUCCGCCGGACACUCCCAAUAGCUGCCGAGAGAGCGACACCUGACUUGAUGAUUUCAUUCUCUUAGAGCACAUGGAUCAAGACACGAUUGCAGUCGGGCAAGCAGAAGAGUGCUUCUGACACUAACGACACCACUGCAGGAUUAUGGC